AUGUCAGUUCAGUUCGUAAAUUCAUCAAACGAUUUCCAAAACUACUUAUCUGCCAAUAAGUAUCUUAUGGCCAAUUUUACCGCAUCAUGGUGUGGUCCUUGUCAAGCUAUCAAACCAGUAAUUGAUCAAUUAUAUUCCAGUGGUAAAUAUGAUAAGAUUGAAAUAUGUCGAGUUGAUUUAGAUACUCAAAAAGAUUUAGCUACCAAAUAUCAAGUGACAGCUGUUCCUACAUUUAUCUUUUUUGAACAAGGGAAAGAAAUUUCUCGUAUACGUGGAGCUGAUGUUCAUGGGGUUACGAAUGCUUUGGAUAGUUUGAAUGUUAAAGCUAGUGUUGAUUCUAGUGUUAAGGCUAGAAGUGGGAAUGCUUCUGGUUCGGUUGUUUUAAGUGGGGUUGAAAAAGAAGUUAAAGAUUUUAUUCCAAAGGGGUUUGAAAUUUUGAAUUCUUCGAUUGAUUUUCAAAGAUUUGAAGCAUUAAAUGUGAUUCCAUUAUAUCAAGAUAAAGAGGUACAAGAUUUGUUUAAAUUGGAUGAUGCAAAUGAAGAUAGAAGUACAGUUUGGUCAGAUGCUGAUUCACAAUUGUUAUUUUUCAUUCCAUUUUUAAACAUUUGUAAGAUUUAUUCAGUAUUAAUUAAGAUAAGAAAACAAGAGAAAUUAAUUAAUGAAGAUUUAGUAGUUGAUGAAGAGGAUUUAAGUUCUGAAAGCCAAUUACCUAAUAUUAUUAAAGUAUGGCCAAAUUCUCAAACUAUUUUAUCAUUCGAUGAUGCUGCAGAUUCAAAUUCUCCUCAUGAACAAAAAAUUGAUGUAGAUGAUGAUGAUGAAGAUCUUGUUAAUGGUAAAUGGAUUGAAGCUAAAUUUAAAUUUGUUAGAUUUCAAAAUGUUCAAAAUUUAAAUAUCUUUUUUGAAGGUGAUGAUGAUGAUUAUCAUACUAUUAUUGAUAAGAUUGUUAUAGUUGGUCUUAGUGGUGAAUCUAAGAAUCAAGGUAAAAUUCAAAGCUUAGAACCAGAAGAAUAA